CACCUGUAUUUUUCUGUUCAAGCAUGAGUGCGUAGACUAGUAGAUUUGCUGCAAUGUUGUGCUGCUUCCGCGCUCCGCAAACUGCGGAGUCGCCUCAGGAGGCAUCAAGACCGCCUCCUCCAAAAGUUGUAGACCCGGUGAAGGCUUCCUCUUUGAAUGAUGCAAAUACGGAGGCGCCAGCAGGCCAGCAUGUGCCGGCUCCUGCUGAAACGGCGAUUUCUGAGCACAAGGCGUUGGUCCUGGACGGGGCGACUGCCUCCAUACCUGAGUCAUGGAGGUUCAGACUGCAGCAACAUAUUACCGAGCUAAUAGCCUUGCGGGGCUUCAGUGCGGCCAGCUGCUGGGUCCUUGAGGACGGCGGCAACAGUGUCCUCGUUGCGAGCUUUCCCCAACCGGCGCUGUCCGUUGCUCGGGCAGCCACCAGCAAGCAUUCACUUGGUAGCAUCAUAUCUAACGAUUCCAGUGAGCCCAGCGGCGUGGCGCUGGUGCUCGCCUCGCAUGAGCCAUACUUCGCAACAGUACAGCCGGGGUGCGAGCACUUGGCCGACCUGCCGGCUGACCUGGAGGCGCUGUACCAGCAAGUGCUGCUGGCCCGCGUGCCAAGCCUAAGGCUUUGUGGCCCUGGCCUGGUGCCCGCACCAGUGACACCUCGCAACGUCCAGCUAGCGGCGCUGCCUCUCGUGGCGCGUCAGGACGGCUCCGUCGCUGGCGUACUGGUGCUGGCAGCCACUGACGACCGGCUGGCUCGCGCCGAGUCGCGGCGCCGGCGGGGGUCCCCUGCAAACUCAGGGGAUAACUGCGGUGGGGGAUCGGCAGCAGGCACUGACGUCAAUUCAAUGAUGAAGGAGGUGGCGGAUGAGGUGGCGGCGAACUUCUUUGGCAGCAAGGAGUCGCGCAGCAGUGCGGGCCAGGUGUGUUCAAUGGCGCUAGCACUUGCAGGUGGAGGUGACCACGCAUCUGCAGUCCGCGCUGCAGCCAGCGGCGUGCAUAAGGUAGUCCACGCCGCGCUGCCGCCCGCCGCGCCGCCGGUCUCCGUUACCCUGGGCCUCGUGCUCAGCCGCAGUGCUGGGGGCGGCGGGGGCAACAACGGCAGCCCCAGCACGCCACUAAGCGGCGCUGUGCACGGCGGCAGUGGCAGCGGCAGCGCCAGUGUUAGCGCCAGCGCCAGCGGGAGCGCGGCAGCCGCCUUGCAGCGGAGCCUGGGUGCUGCGGGCGCGCCGGGUCCACAGCUGCAGCUGUACUGCACGCCGGCGGGCAAGCCGCCGGCCCUCAUGCCGCUCAUGGACACGCUCCUGCUGCGCGCGCCCCAAGCGCACCAGAUGGCGCCUGCAGCGGCCCUACCGGCGCCCAGCCCUGGGCCCAUGUCUGCAAAGCGCCAAUUUGUGCUGUCGUGUGGCGAUGCCGGAGUCAAGCAGGGCGGUGAGCUGCCUGCAGACCUGGCAGCUCUUGCGGCGGCGGGCGUGGAGUUGGAGCGCAGCUCGCUGGUCGUCGUCUCAUGUCCUCUGCCCAACAUCCUGUGCGCUGUCGUGGCGUAUGCGUCCGUGGCAACGGCAGCGGGCGAGCGACAGCCCAGUGAGGCCGAGCUGGCGUGUGUGCGGGGCCAUCUGGAGUCAGCAACGGAGCUGCUUGCUGCCUGCAUGGAGCAGCGGCUUCUGGCCACGUGUGGCCCUGCGCUGGUGGCGCCGGGAGUGCGCGGCGCGCUGGGGGCGGCGGUGGCGGCUGGGAGCAGUGGCGCCGGUGCAGGUCGCGCCAUGAGUGCUUUGGAUGUGGCGGGUGACCCGUCAGGGCAGCUCACUCUGUCCAUGGCAGGCGUUGACGGCGACGAGAGCGGCGCGUGGGGUAGCGCUAGCGGCCCUAUCCUGAGCACCGAGUCCCUUCCGACAUCAACCCAGGUGGCCAGCUCGGCUCUCAUCACCGGCAGCGCCAGCAAGGCUGCCAGCAACUCGGCCGUCACGCCAGCCGGCAUCGCGGGCCCGACAAUAGCCGUCAAGCAAACGGUCACUCGUGUACUUCACACCUGUGCCCACGGCGCCGAUCCGACCGCCCCUGGCGUCGGCUCGGCCGCUGCUCCUGGCACUGGUGCCGCAACCGUCAUCGCCACCAGCCACACCGGCAGCACGACCGCCAGCGCCUGCGCCAGCACCUGCCUGGGCUUUGGCAGCAGCCGGCAACUCACCAUCAACUCUAUUACCACCAGCACCGCCGCGACGGCGUUCAUGACUGGCAGCAGCAACGCCGUCGCGCUCGCAUCCUUGGGUAGCAAAACAGCUGCUGGCGGUGCCUGCACCGGCGCGAGUGGCUCCGCCCACCCUGGCAGCAGCACUAACUGCAGGAGCGCGCCGCUGCCGGAGUGCGGCCUGCCGACAGGCGUGGUGCUGGCAACGCAGCAGGCGGCCGCUGCCAGCACCACUGCGGCCGCUGCCAGCGCUGCCGCAGCGACGGACGGCGCCGCUGCAGCCACGGACAGUCCCCCUGCCCCUCCGAUUGCGGCGCCUAGCGUCAGCACGGAAUCCUCGUACUGCAGCGGUUCCCUGACGCCUACCGCCGGGCUGCUGCCGGCCGCGCCGGUCUCGGCGCAUUCGCUGCUGCCCUCCUUCGCGAGCGCCGGCACUGAGGCCGCCACCGUGACCAGCGCCGCCACCGCCUUUGGCAACACGGAGGGCGACGACAAGGAUGACGAGGAGGAGUUGAUGGAGACGGCGCAUUCGUACGAGCUGUGCGUCGACGUCGGCAACGGCAACACCAACGACGACCUCUCCACCGGGAUAGGGAACGGCACCACCUCAGAGUACGACGUGCGGCCCCGCAGCCUGGACGUGCCCACACCGCUGGACCACCGCCUGCAGGGCACCGGCGCCGCCACCGCGCCGCCGGUGGCGGGCUCCCCCGGCGCCGCCGCAGGCUGCGCCGAUGGCGCUGCUGGCGACGGCCCAGCACGCGCCGUCGCGGCUGCGCAGAUGCUGAUGGCCGCUGAUAAGUACGACAGCGGCGGUGGCAGCGGACUGGCGAUCAAGGGCUCGGUGACGGACUCGACUAAGAAGCUGCAGCAGUCGCGAUCGGCCCGCAUCGAGGGGGGUUCGGGUGGCGGCGGCGCCCCCGAUCCUCAACGCUUUGUAUACGGGGUGCCCUUGUCGGCGCCGAUGCGACUGACCGCCAGCGGCGCGUCUGUGGUGCUGACGCGCACGCCGCCGGCUGCACUAUACCGGUCGCCGCAGCCACCGGUGCUCAGUCUGCCGCCGGCCUCUGGUGGCUCCCUUGGCGCCCUUGGCGCCCUGGACUCAGCUGCUGGCAGCGGCCAGCCUGGCAGGGCGCCCCUGUUGGCGGCAGCGGCUGUGGGCAUGGCUGGAGAGCCCCAGGCGACGAUGUCGACGAUCGCAGCCUCCGCCUCGGCAGGAGCAGCGCGCCCACCGCUGGGGCCCUUGGAUCCGACCGCGCCGCCGCAGCUGCGGCUUGGGGGCAGCAGCGCAGGCGGCUUGGCUGCCGGCAGCGGCGCGGGCAGCAGUGCAGGCGGCAGCGGCGCCUUACUCCCCGUGUUCGCGCGCUGCCGCAGCAAGGACUGGUCGGACCAGGCCACUGAGGACCCGGCGGACUCGCACGCGCUGUCCGGCAUGAGGCCGCUCACCGGCACCGGACGAUUCGUCAAGGUACUGUCCCUGGACAAGGCAGCCCUUCAGCUGCCGCGCGCACAGGUGUCAGUGAUGCAGCCGCUGGCGUCGUCCUCGCCGACACCGCCGCCGGAGCAGCGCGAUGCGGUGCCGUCGGACCGCGACGCGACGGCCAGCGGUGCGGCUGCCUCGCCUGCGCCGCAAGGCUACACGCGCUACGCUCCGCGCCGUCUGACCCGCAUGUACCUGCCCGGUGCGGGCGCCGUCGCCAAUACUGCGGCGGCCAGCGCCAUCGGCAGCGGUGCAUGCGCCGGGUCCGUGGGCUCUGGCGUCAUGACCGGCGCAAGCGAGGGCGGCUGGCCUGACGGCUGGCCCCAGACGCGAGCCUCGACCCGUCCUUACGAUCAUGCAGCGGGCGAGGACGCCGGCAAGGGCUUGUCCUCCUGGGCGCGGCUGCCGGGCACGCUGCCGGGCACCGCCGCCGGCAUGGUCCACCACCCGCCGUACCAGCAGGGGCUGGGGCAGGGGCAGGGGCUGGGGCAGGUCCUGCCCGCCGCGGCCGCGGCGUUCGUGGCACAGGCGCCGCCGCCAGCGGCGGAUGCGGCGCAGCCGCACCCGGGCGUUGUGGUGCCGGUGGCGGUGCCGCCCGCGCGCGUGUACCUGCCCAGCGCCCUGCAGAGCACGCUGGCGCCGCCGCAGUCCGCGGCGCCGGCUGCGCCCACGCUGCCCAUGCAGCUGCCGCGCACCUACACCCCCUUCAGCAAGACCGCCGCCGGCGCGGCCGCCGCGGCCGCCGCCGCGGCGGCGGCGCACGCCGCCGCGACCUCCAGCGCAGCUUCCGCCGCUGCCGCCAAGGGCCGACAGUUGGCUGACUACGUGAUUCCGGAGGACGCGCCCCUGGAGUACACGGUGUCUGAGACAGUGGCCAUGAUGCGCAUGCUGAGCCGCGCGCGCGGCGUGCACCUGUCGGCGCGCAUGCGCCGCGUGCGCGUCACCGCCAAGAUCCAGUCCGCGCACCCCGAUGCGCUGCCCGCGGACCUGCCGUCGCAGCUCGCCAAGGCAGCGGCGGCCGCGGGCGCCACGGCCGGCGCAGGUGGCGGCGGCGUUGCGGCGGCGGCCGCACCCGGAACGUGGGUGCUGACGGGCGUCGCCGCGCGGCGUGGCUGCGUCGAGCUGGUGUUUGACAUGGUGCAGAUGCUGCCGCCGUCGCCGCCGCGCUCGCCAGGCGUUGGCCGAGGCGGCCGCAGCCGCCGGCCGCCGUCGGGCUCCAACGGAUACGUCAGCUACUCGGCUGCUCAGGCCACCGCCGCGCCCGCUGCCGCAGGCAUGGGCAGCGGCCUCGGCUACCGCCGCUGGCAGGGCGCCGGCACUGAAGUGCCGGCGGACCCGCUGUUCUCGUCGCUUGUGAUUGGUCCAGGCCACGAUGUGGACUCCGCGGCCUCCACUGCGUGGCAGCAGCUCAACCGCGUGCUGCACGGCCCCGCCAACCCCUCCGACGCUGCCGCAGCAGCGGCCGCCGCCGGGACGGGCGGCCUGCGUGCGGGCGACGAGCGGGCUUGGCUGGGGCUGGGGCUGCGGCCGGAGGCGGUGGGCGCAGCGCUGCACCAGUGCGGGCUGCUGGACUCGGCGGCCGACCCCUUCGUGGACGUGCAGGUGGGCACGGACCCGGCCGGUGCCGUGCGCCUGGCGUGGGAUGCCGCCGCCAACCAGUGGGCCGCGGCGGCGCCGGCGCAGCCCGGCGCAGCCGGCGCGCCAGAGCCGGCUCCGGCGCCCACGCUGUGGCUGCCCAUGCCAGUGGUGGUGUGCGGCCGCGGCGCGGCCGCCCUGACCGACGUACGAGUGCUGUGCUGCUCGUCGGACAGCGAGGACGCCGCCGGCGCCGCAGACGAGCUGACGGUGCGCACCGCCGCCGGCUUCCUGCCGGUGCGGGUGGAGUCAGGCGUGUGCGCGCCCAACGGCGCCGCGAGCAGCCUGCCGCUGCACCCCGCUGAUGCCGCUAACGACCUCGGCGCCGCGCUAGUGGCGGCGGCGGGCGGCCAGUGCCGUCUUCAGCUUGUAGAGGUCGGCGUCGCUGGCGCCGGCGCGGCGCUGCCAGCCUCCGGCGGGCUGCUGCUGGUGGAGUGCCGCCGCGGGCUGACGACCAGCGCGCCUGUGCCGCUGCUGGUGCUGACGGAGCAGGAGGCGGCGGCGGCGGCAGAGCUGGCGGGUCUGCGCGGUGCCAUGGCCUGCCUGCUGCACGGCUCCGAGGGCGCGGCGCGCGCGGCGCCCACGCCGGAGGCGCGCGCCGAGCUGGCGGCGGGCGUUGAGAUGGCGGCGCAGCAGUUCUUGACGGACCUGGGCACACUGCUGGACGCCGCCGCCGCCGCGUCGGCGUCGGCGGGUGGCGGCGCUUGCGAAUCCGACUCGGCGGCGCCCAUGGACGGCGCGGGCCUGUGCAGCUUUAACGACGACAUGCGGCGCCUGAUGGCGGUGCGACCGGAGGCCGGCGGCAGCAACCACUGCAGCGCCGCCCACGCAGCGCCGCUGUCCGUUGACGGCAGCGGCAGCGCCGGCAGCAGCCUGACGCACAGCCCCGUCGCCACCUCCACCGGCUCCUCCGCCACCGCCUUUGCGGCCGCCGCCGCCGGUACGACGCCGUACGGCGAGCACCUGACCGACCUGGCCUGCACGCUGCUGGCGGGGUGCUGCGCCGCCGGCAUGCUGUCGACGGCGGCGCUGGUGCUGCGCGCCGCCUGUGUGGAGCUGGGCCUAACGGCGCCGGAGGUGCUGCUGGCGGAGGCGGGCGCCAGCCCUCGUGUCACCGUGGAGCUGCUGACAGCCUUUGUGGUAGCCUCGCGCGCGCGCAGCAGCGUGGAGAUCAACCGCGCCGCGGCCGCGGCGGCGGAUGGCGGCGCCUGCAGCGGCGGCGCGCCGCCGGCUGGGGCUGUGGUGGACGUGACCAGCCACGCCGCGGCGGUUGGGGCGGAGCCGGCGGAGUGGAGCACCGCGACGGCGACGGAGGCGGCCGGCGGCGGCGACGGCGCCAGCCUGUCCAUCAGCCUGACCCUGGGCACGGCGCUGCUGCCUGGCCGCGGCUGCGAGGUGCGCAGCCUAGCUGAGAUGGCCAGCAUCAGCACCAUUGCAGGUGACGACACGCCGCGGCUGGCCGCGGGCCCGUCGACCUCAACGUCAGGUAUGGGGUUCUCAGCAGGCGCCGGCGAUGGCGACGAGGCGAUGGCGCCGGGCCAGCAGCCAAGGGUGAUCGCGGUGGCGGCGCGCGCGCUGAGCGGUUCCGCGGCCCCCGGCGCCGCCUUCAGCCGCAUCUCGGAACUGCCCACAUGGGACAGCCUGGCCUCAAUGAGCGGCAACGCCACAGGCGGUGCCACUGGUGUGGGCGCCGGCAGCGCCAGUAGUGGCGAUGGAAACGCCGGCGUUGGCUCACGCCGGACAUCGAUGUCGCUCACGCAGGGCCGCGCGUCCCUGCAGCUGCAUAGCACGGCCCCCAGCAGCGCCGCCGCUGUGUCGCCCAGCCCCACAUCGCGUGACAGCAAAGGUGUGCCGUCGGCGAGAGCGUCGUCGGUGCUGACGGCGGCCGCUGCCGUGGCCGCUGUGCCUGUCAUGGCUGCUGCAGACGCCCACUCGGACGCAGUGCUGGCGGCACAGGGCGAGCACGGGGAGGACGCGGACUGCGCGGGCCCCUCGACCUGCACCUCGCAGCCCGGCUCGGCUCGGACUAGCAACACCGGCAGCCGCGCGCGGCUGAUGCAAGCGGCGGAGCUGCUGACGGCAGCGGCCGCUGGCAAGGGCCAGGAGGGCGCGCUGGCGCUAGCACUCCUGCAGCACGCCGCGGCGCAAGCCGGCGGCACUGCCGCCGCCCGCAGCAGCUCGGAAUGCGGUGGCGGUGGCGACAGGGCCGCAGCUGGCGGCUCGGCCGGCGUAACCGAUGCGGCUGGCGGCUCUGUGGGGCCAGUGGCGGGCGCCAGCGCUGCACCGCCGUCCUGGUCGCUGCGGUUCAGUGACCCGGGCAUGGAGGCUGAGUACUGGAACUUUGUGGCAGACCGCACCUGCGGCAUGAUGUGGAUCUACUCGCUGCUGGUGGGCUUCAUCACUGUGAUCAGCUGCACACGCGCCCUGGUGGAGGACGGCGUGUCGGGCGCCGCGUCGCUGGUGUUCUUCACUGGCACACAGGCGGCGGUGUGGGCCUGGUACUGUCUGUGCCACGGCGGCCGCGACCCGCGCGCGCUGGUGGCGGCGGGCGUGGCCUGCAAGGCCGUGCGAAUCGCCAGCGACCUGCUGUGGAGCACCCACGUGCUCAUGGUGCCCAGUCUCAUGGGCCCCAUGGCCUCACGUGGCAUCGAAGUGCUCGCGGAGGCCUUCAUGCGACCCAUCGCGGAGCGGGUGCCCAUGCACCUGUUCCUGCUGAUGCUGGCCGUCGAGAUGCCGUGCGUGUACGCGCUGUACCGCCACUUCCACUCCAUCUUCCCGGAGUACUGGCUCCGCAACCACUCGCUCCUGCGCAGCCUCAUCUUCGAGACCGCCACCAUGACCGUCAUGCUGCUCGCCGAGCUGUAUUGGCGCCGGGAGUUCCGCCGUUGGCGGCGCAGCGAUGCUGCUGUCGGCAGCGCGCGGCACGGCGGCGGCGCCGCCGGCCACCGCCACGGCACGGUAGCGGUUGGCAACCAGCACGGUGGGCGGCACCUGCAGCUUCUGGCGGGCGGAGCCGCGGGCCACAUGACGGCUGUCGGCAAGGCGAAGGCGGAAUAGAGCUGGGGAGGCGGGAGGAUAAGAGCAAUUUAGCUUUUGCUGAGUGAUUACUGCAUGAACAAUAAAGGGUAGGUGGGUCUUCACAGCGAUAUCCCCUCCCGCCUGCACGUAGUAAGCAUGGCGCAGCGCGCGUGCUUUCUAGCCGCUUGCCUCCCUUAGAGUAACUGUAUGACGGGUGUUUCAUCCAGUUGUGGACGGAUGUUGCCAAGCCGAUCCGAUGAAUCGAAUCGCCACGAGCGUGUUCUCAAGUGUCGCACGCGCUACGCAGCGGCAACUUCCGGGUGCAUCUAACUGACAUUCUACAAUGAUUAGGGGUGUGGGACUGAGUCCCACACUCCUAAAGUGCGGGCAAGGUUUGUUGGACGGCCACUGGGAUAGCUUUAAGCCAGCGUGAUAUUGCGUGUAUCGUUUGUGUGCAUGCCGAAGAAAGCCCAUGGGGAAAUUUGCAAGGAGUGGCGUUUUGCUUUAUGCGACCUCAAGGGCUGUUGUCUGACGAGUUUGGCCCCCCAGCAGCAGCACGUGGCCGUGUUGGGAGUUGCUGCAUCCGCUUGCUCGAACCUGCUGUGUGAUAACGGCUCGUCUACGGAAAGGAAUCGGAAUUUUCCUUGCACCCUCGGCAUCAUGUGCACGCUUCGGUCUGUACUGAUGUGCUCAUCGAGCCCAGGCCCAGCGCUAUUGUUGCAUGAAACACACGACGCGACGUUCUGAUUGUACACACACUGAAUGUUGCAGGAUGGGAAGAAGCCAUUAGCUUUGUGCUGUGCUGCUGUACCUUGUGCGUUCUCUGCUUGCGUAGUGCCGUACGGCAGGCUUUCUUGUGACCAGUGAGCGGGUGUUGCAUGAGGGCGAAGUGGGCAGCACGCGAGGGUGCUUUGAACUGCUUUCCCGGGGCUUUUCAUGUGCUGUUGCGCUGUGUUAGACUGAGACUGGUGGGCACGACUGGGAUAACCGCUUGGGGUGCCCAGCUACGGUCGCCGGUGUGUGAAUUUCGGCAUCACUCAGCAUCCCCCUCAAUUUGCGUAUUCAUUCUUCCGUUGCGGUUUAGGUACGUGAGGGCACGUUCGAAAGGUCUAAGGGUGUCCCCAGCAUGAGCCCUGCCUACGCGAUAUAUACAGUGCUAUAGGUACUGUCGUUGAUGGUGUGUUCCAGACAGCAGACGCAUGCGACAGUGUGAAGGCGCAGCGUGCUGUGUGUGACCGUCUUUGUGGGACCAGUUGUACGGGAAAAAUAGAGGGCGGGAGUUGGCGGGGGUUUGCUGUGAACCUUGAAGACAUUAAAUGUAGCAGGCGGCGGUGCCGCCGUGCUAUUGACGUGCAUUGCGGAACUAAUGCGUGCGUAGACGUGCAGAGCAGUGCAGUGUAACAAUAAAGGCGC